GAGACUUCGGCAAGGAAAAACCACUGGCAGACACACCAUCUUAUUCAACACUACCUCAAUCGUUGAUUUUCGUAUUUGAGCGAUGGCGGACAAGGGUGGUGCCUAUGGCACAAAAGCAGCAGACACCGACUUUAGGAAGAAGUGGGACAAGGAAGAAUAUGCAGAACGGGCUCGAAAAAAGGACGAGGACGAAAAGACUCGUAUGCAGGAAAACGAGGAAAGGUUGAAGCAAGGAAAGAGACCACGAAAAGCUCCAAAGGAUGACCUCCCCAAACCCACCGAACUCAUGAAACGCCGUGAGGGCUCGCUGGAGCUGGACAAGAAUCUCAACAAGACUAUGGUAGUCCAGAAUCCUGGUGGUAGAGGGCCAGGGCAACCUGGUUUCUUCUGUGAAGCGUGUAGUAGGACCUACAAGGACAGCGUAGGCUAUCUGGACCAUAUAAACGGCAGAGCACACUUGAGGAAAUUGGGUCAGACGACACGGAUAGAGCGAUCAACGCUCGAGCAAGUGCGUGCUCGAAUAGCGUUCCUGCGUGAAAAGACAAAAGAAGCGUCGAAUGCCAAAUCUUUCGAUUUUGAUCAGCGGUUAGCAGAGAUAAAAGCCAAAGAAGCAGCCGCGCGUGCUGAGAAAAAAGCACAGAAAAAGGCAGAGAAGGAAAGGGCUCGCGUUGAGCUCGUGAAGGACUCAGUGAUGCAAGAAGAAGAUGAUGAGAUGGCUAAAAUGAUGGGGUUCGGCGGGUUUGGCACGACCAAGAAGUAAGUUAUCCUGUACGUCGUACAUAUUCAAUCUGUAUUUCUAGAAAAGCAACGCUACUGUAUUACUAGCACUCGAUUCACUCGCAGGUAUAGUCACGGUGGGAAUGAUCACAUACACAUUAUUUUUGGAAAACA